AUGCUGUGCCGUCAAGCGAAUAAGAAUUUGUGUGAUUUCAAGGAACGACUUCUCCGUAACGAACUUCCGCCGCACGUCGCCAUGCAAGUCAAAGCCGGAAUCACGUCCAAGCAGAUGCACAGCCAAUUCCGAAACAUCUACAUUCAGCGGCACGAGAACGUCAGCAUUCUCUUUGCGGACAUCGUCGGCUUCACGGACCUGGCAUCGCAAUGCACCGCCCAGGAUUUGGUGCGGAUCCUCAACGAGCUGUUCGGAAGAUUCGAUCAGAUUGCCCUCGUGAGUAUUGUUUAG